CAAAAACAACAACAACAACAACAACAACAACAACAACAACAACAACAACAACAACAACAACAACAACAACAACAACAACAACAACAACAACAACAACAACAACAACAACAACAACAACAACAACAACAACAACAACAACAACAACAACAACAACAACAACAACAACAACAACAACAACAACAACAACAACAACAACAACAACAACAACAACAACAACAACAACAACAACAACAACAACAACAACAACAACAACAACAACAACAACAACAACAACAACAACAACAACAACAACAACAACAACAACAACAACAACAACAACAACAACAACAACAACAACAACAACAACAACAACAACAACAACAACAACAACAACAACAACAACAACAACAACAACAACAACAACAACAACAACAACAACAACAACAACAACAACAACAACAACAACAACAACAACAACAACAACAACAACAACAACAACAACAACAACAACAACAACAACAACAACAACAACAACAACAACAACAACAACAACAACAACAACAACAACAACAACAACAACAACAACAACAACAACAACAACAACAACAACAACAACAACAACAACAACAACAACAACAACAACAACAACAACAACAACAACAACAACAACAACAACAACAACAACAACAAAACAACAACAACAACAACAACAACAACAACAACAACAACAACAACAACAACAACAACAACAACAACAACAACAACAACAACAACAACAACAACAACAACAACAACAACAACAACAACAACAACAACAACAACAACAACAACAACAACAACAACAUACCUGCCACAACAAAAACAACAACAUACCUGCCACAACAACAACAACAUACCUGCCACAACAAUAACAAUAGUGUGUCAUUACAAUAUUCCUAACCCUUGGACAAAGACUAACUAGCUGGUCUAUUACCAAAAUUUCAACCGCAUGAAAAGCCUGGCCAAAAUGGAAGAAAUUCAUCAAAAUUUAAUAACCUCCUCUUUCGACGUAAUUCUUGGAACUAAAAGCAGCUGGGGUGAAAGUGUUAGAAGCGAAGAAGUAUUUGGAAAUAAUUUUAACGUAUUCCGGCACGACUGAAAUUUAUCUCUCUGUCAGAAAAAAAUCUGGAGGUGGAGUCCUCAUAGCCAUAAACUCUUGCUUUACUUCUGAAGAAAUUAUUACUCCUAAAUAUAAAGAAUUUGAGCAUGUAUGGGCCAAAGUCUCAAUAUUGGGAGAAGAACAUAUUUACUGCUCUGUCUACUUCCCACCCGAAAAUGCAAACAAAAUCUCUUUUGAAUUGUUCUUUCAAUCUUUAGACACAAUUAUUUCGAAUAUGGAACCUGAAGUAAAGCUUCAUAUUUUUGGCAACUUCAAUCAACGUAAUGCGGACUUUAUUUCUGACAUUGAAAAUGAAUCAAUCUUACUCUUACUAAAUUAGAAAUUAGUCUUUUCCGACAAAAUUCUAAUUUUGGCCUACAUCAAGUAAACUCCGUAAAAAAUCAACAAAAUGCAUAUUUAGAUCUUCUUUUCACAAAUUGCACAGAAGACUUUUGUGUGAACGCAUCAAACCUGCCAUUAUGGAAAAAUGAAGCAUUUCACACCGCAAUUGAAUAUUCAUUAUUUACACACAAUGCAUCCCUUCCCUUUGACUUGGAAUAUGAGGAAGUGCCGGAAUACAAUAAAAACUACAAGGAUCAGCCCCAUGGGGUUGUUCGAGCAAAAUUUCCAAUGAUUGACAUUUUCAAUUAAUCAUCACACUUUUGAAUCCGCAAAUGCACAAGAGUCUGCUUAGAUUGAUCCUUAUUAGGAAUCAACACCGAACACGCGAACCCAGAAUAUAGACUCUAUUGAUCGUGAUUUGUAUUUGUUUCGUAGCCGACGAAAUUACAUCAAUAGCCUAAAUGUAUACAAUUAAAUGUUUGUACAUGCUUGCGAUGCGGAUAUCGAUAUUUAAGCUUCUCUCCACCAAGCUUGUGUU